AUGUCAAAUGUUUCUGAUAUGAACAUUUCAUCCAACCGCAUUGAAAGGAAACGAAACGAGCGAGAAAGGCGCCGAGUUCAAGGAAUUAAUCAACUUUUAGUUGCACUGAAGGACAAGCUCCCUGCAGACUGGACUACUCCAAAAAUGAGCAAACUCGAAAUUCUUCGAAAAUCCACAUCAUAUAUAAAACUACUGAUGGAGAUGUCACUGGACGAAGAAUCAGAAAUACCACAUAAAGUCAGUGACGAAAGUGCAUGCGAAUUCCAAGACCAGUCGUUUUCUGGAAGUUCAAAUUCAUCGACAGGUUCUGUUGGAACUCUACUCGCGUGUUCAGGGGAACUCCCCGUGGCUUCAAACAGCGAUUUUGUUUUAUCUGACAGCUUAGAAAAUGGACGUGUUCAUUCUGAAAUAUGUUUUCCGACAUCAUCUGGUCAGAGUGUUUCUUUGGAAAGAUCACCAAUAUCACAUUUGUUUACCUGUAAAUACCAACAAACAAUACCGACACAAGAGCAGUGCGUGCCAGCCAUGGAAAAUAAAGACACCGAUUUAGCGGCCUUGCAUGACUCUGGGAUGCCGACGAUGUAUUAA